CACGAAGUUCUCUGGCCGGGAACUAUAAAAACCGAUGUUGAUUUGGUUGAAUCAAGCAGUCGAAACCUUCAAGCUGUUCUAAAAUGUUUAACAAAUCGAUCGUCGUGGCCCUAAUUGUGUGCGCCUGCUACCUGGGCACCAUUGAGGCUCGUCCUGGUGGAAUUGGCGAUCUGAUCGGUGGUGGUGGUGGUCCACUGGAUGCAGUUGGACCCGUUUUGACCGGAGCUGCGGCUGGAGCGUCUAGUGCCGCGGCCCCCGCACUGGUGGGUUCGGUCGCCAAGCCAGUAGCUGGAUUACCAGUAGUAUCAUCACUACCAGGACUUUCGGGCUAAGCCCAUAAAGCACUUCUGUUUAUCAGCUUUAUGUACCCCUAAUACAAAUGCAAAAAAAAAUUUAAUUAGAAACAUUUUUCAAGAUUUCAUUUAAAAUAAAGUAAAGUUUUGAGCACUAA